GAAGCAGUGUAUCGAGCUGGAGCAACAGUUUGAUUUCCUGAAGGACCUGGUGGCUGCGGUACCCGACAUGCAGGCCGACGUGGAGGAGAAUCACACAGACAAUGACAAGCUUCCCCGGCGGGGGCGUAAACCCGGGUCCGGGCGCAGGACAAACGGGGGAGUGAGCGGCAAAGCCAAGGACAAGAAGCAGUCGAGCACGGAGUCUGAGCAGGAGGAGGACUCUGAAGACAGUGAGACUGAGGAAGAGGAUGGAUCUCGAUCGAGUGUGGACAAACCAACAGAUCACAUUCAGAGCUCCUCGGAAGAGGCGUGCCUGCGCUUGACAGUGCCCCUGCCAGCCAUGGCUGUGCCCGUCUCCUCGCUGCCCGCAAUGCCAGUCAACACACCAGUCCCCGAGCCCAUGGCCAGGGGGGCAGGUGAGGACGAGGAGGAUGAUUACGAUUCAUAGCUGCUUUUAAGACGUCUUGUCUCCCAUCUUUCUCUUUUCUUAUUCGUUUGUGUUGUUGGUGGUGGAGGACCAUGGC